AUGGAGAAUGAUCUUGUUAAUAUUGAAGUAUACUUUCCAGAUGCGGUUAUUUUGGAAGAACAAAACUAUGCAGAUAACCAUCUCACUAGCAAAGAAUAUGAGCCUGAACUGAAGGAAAGAUAUAGCUUUACAGAUAUGUAUAAUUUUCACUAUAACUCUGGUUUUCAGAACUGCUUAGCACAUUAUGUUGGAGAUGUAGAUAAAGAAGUGGAUAAAGUGGGAUUUGCGACUACUAGAUAUGAAAAAAGUUACUCAUAUAAAAAUUUUAAACUUGAAUGGGACGAGAAAAAUGAAGUGCUUUAUGUCGUUAUUCCCUCAGUAGAUAGUAUAGACCACUGGGUUAUGUUGUUUCUGCAACCACUUGGAAUUACAAAUGACUCGCUAAAAAUUGACAAUUGCUGUAUAUCCAAUAACUGUAAUUUUAAAGUAAGAAUAGACGAUGAAAGACUACUUUUGUACCCAGAUUUACUUGAUGAUAUAUAUAAAUUUAUUUUAUUUCAACGAAAUUUGUGGUAUUUUUAUAAACAUCAUAUCAAUCAUAUCCAUAAUAGUGUAACCACAUUUGAUGAUUCUACUGUAGAUCACUUGUGGCAAAACCCAGACAUAAAUGUCUAUUUAAAGAAAGAUGAAACUGACCACAAUUUUUCCAAAGGAAGAGAGGGAUGCUGUAGCGAAUAUUGUGAUUCAUACUUGAAAGGACAGCAUAUAUUGCCGUGUAUUUCAACCACAAUUUCUGAGUCAAAUGUAUUCACUACUGAUUCAACAAUAUUUCCAUUAUUAACAUCUGAAGAUUCAAGUAGUAAUGAUGACUAUCAACUUAACUCCUUUACAAAUAUUUGUAAUGGAAAUAAUGAGAGAGCCUUCUUUCCAAUAAAUGACUAA